AGUUUGACUAGUCAAACUUUGUGAUUUUUCCCAUAUGACUUCUGGACGUAGAUGGUAAACGGGAGCCAAAAAUUGUGGUUUUCCCCAUGACUUCCUGACGUGAAAGGUAAAUGGUAGAAUGGCACAUUGGUUUAACAUAGCUUGACUAGCCAAACUUUGUGAUUUUCCCCAUGACUUCUUUACGUGAAAAGUAAAUGGUAGAAUGGCACAUUGGUUUAACAUAGCUUGACUAGCCAAACUUUGUGAUUUUCCCCAUGACUUCCUGACGUGAAAGGUAAAUGGUAGAAUGGCACAUUGGUUUAACAUAGCUUGACUAGCCAAACUUUGUGGUAUUCCCAUGACUUCUUUACGUGAAAGGUAAAUGGUAGAAUAGUAAAUUUAAGGUUUAACAUAGCUUGAAUAUAGCCAAACUUUGUGGUUUUCCCAUGACUUCUUCACGUGAAAAGGUAAAUGGUAAAAUGGUACAUAUGGUUUAACAUAUCUUCACUAGCCAAACAUUGUGGUUUUACCCAUGACUUCUGGACGUAAAAGGUAACCGGGACAAUGGUACAUUUAUGGUUUAGCAUAGCUUGACUAGCAAAAAAUUUAGAUUUUCCCCAUGACUUCUUAACGUGAAAGGUAAACAACCAUCAGAUAUAGAAUGAUCGCUCCCUACGUAUCCAAGCUACUCUGUUUUGGAUAGGACAAGUGGUAAAUAGAUCAUAUGCGCUUUACUGCACUUUUGAGUAGUCUGCGAACUCGCCCUCAUAAGUUCCAAAAUAAUUAUAACAUUUUUGGGGGUCCGUCACUCAAAAACCGUCAGCUUUUUUUAACACUUUUUGGCCUACACUUUCAAGGAUCACAACCAUGACGUCGAUCGAUCUGCCGAGAGUUCAAAAACGUGCUCCGGUUUUAGCUCUCCUUAGGACGCAAACUCAAACGCAAUCGCAACACAAGUGAGAAUCUCUCAGAAAAAAGCGCAACACAAGUGAGAAUGGCUCAGACACAAGCACAACAUACAGCAAUGAAUCUAAACGGCUCUGCUAAUAGCACUCUUAGUGCCAGGCCCCCACGGUCUACAGGAUGUCACAUGACCCUGGAUGACGACACGCGGAUUGGUCUGACUGUGGCGUACGUGUUUGUUUUCAUCACCGCCAUUACCGCGAAUUCACUCGUCAUCCAUGUGGUACGAACGCAGAAGAAAAUGAAAGUCUCCUUCAACUUCCUCGUGGUUAACAUGGCCGUGGCGGAUACCGUCGACGCGUUGUUCGCGAUCCCUCUAAACAUCGCCUAUCUCUACGCCGAAAACCAAUGGUUCUCAGGAUUUCUAGGGAUAAUCGUCUGCAAGAUCACACGCAUGAUGGUAUUGGUCGCCAUCUUGGUCUCAAUAGCGACGCUUUCUGUCAUAACCGUCGAGCGUUACCUAGCAACUACUCAAGUUCUCAAACGACCGCUGACUUUGACUUCCGUCAAGCGCUUGAUCGCCGCAAUCUGGGUAAUCUCUGGACUGGCUGCUGUUAAUGAGGCAGUGAAGCAUCACGUGACCUUCACGAGAGGGGCGUGGCGAUGCAUGCCGAUCAUCACCAAGGAUUGGCAACGUCAGUUUAUGAUUGAAUUCAUCAUCAAGUUCAUGGUCACGUAUGCGGUGCCUCUGCUCACGAUGGCGAUUUUGUAUUCGAUCAUCGUCUGUCUGCUUUGGAAAAGAAAGACUCUAGGUGAACAGAUUGAUGAGAACGACCGUCGAGUCCAGAUUCAAAGGCGAAGCGUCAUCCAGAAACUCGUCAUUAUCGUGUCCUUGUUUGCAGUUUGCUGGCUUCCUGUGCAUGUUAAUCACUUCCUUGGAACCUUCGAUCGCAAGGCUUACAUCUGCCUUCCCCAAUGGGUGGUUCUUGGAUUUUAUUGGCUUGCGCAUGCCAACACUGCAAUAAACCCGCUGAUCUACCUGAUGCUGACCAAGCAUUCGCGGGCUCUGUUCAAGUCAAGCAUCACAGGUAAACGCAACGGCUCCAUGGAUAAAAACCGGAACCACACAAGAAAGACCACAUUGUUUGGAUCGUGGAAACGAGGCUCAAGGAAAUCACGCUCCCUAACGAAGGCUGGGAUGUAAAUGCAUAGGUAGCAAUUUGUCACGCAAUUAUAUUUAUGAAUUGCGUGACUUAUUGCGAGUCUUAUUGUCGUGUAUCGUUAAAAAUAAAAAAAGUGGACAAUAAAAAAGGCCAUAAGCCAGAAGAGGGGAAUCGCCUUAAACCGGAAGAAAAGCGAAUGACUUUUUUAACAAAUAUGUUUAAUAUGGGAAAAAUGUCAAAUGGUUUCUUGGAAAAUGUCCGGGAAGUGUCUUCAAAAGUGUCUGCAAAAAAAAAGCGGUGGUGACCUUCUCUGAUACAAGAAAUAAUUAUACAAGACUACACCAUAUAGUAGUGCUACUUACACCUAUAGUUAUAAAUAAACAAUACCAGUAGUAACAAAAUAAAACGGAAUGCGCGCCAAUCGCUCAAGCUUAAAGUCGAAUGCAAACAGUGUCCACUGUAACAACAGUGUCAACAUUUCUUGGCCAAGCAAGGCUUGGCAGCAUCACAUAAAGAAGGAAAGAUAUCAAGAGUGACAGAACACCAAAACAAUACGAAGAAGGUGAUACAAAGCGUACCAAGCCAUCCAGCUUGAUCAAAAGCGUGAACAUCCAUCAAGCGCGACAAAUGUUGACAAUCAGUCAACCAGUGGCAUGUAUGAGCCGUGCACACUUUGGCAAAAUUAUAAAAAGAAAACACCCAGCAUGUAAAGUCAUGUACCAAAGUCUGUGUACAUUAUAUACUAAUAUCCUGUACAAAAACAAAACGAAAAACACGGCACAGCUGUUUGAAAAGUCACCAAUAAUUGAGAUCCGACAUCUCAUAAUGGAUAAAGUUUGAGAUAUCACAAAAAAUAAUAAGACAAAUAAGACAAUAAGACAAAUAAGACAAGCCGCAUUGUCACCAGUUUACUUCCGGUCGAUUACCUAACAAUAUCCGAUGAUUUUUAACGGAAAAGGCGAAAAAUAUUUCAAACUAUUGAAAGCAGUGUGUCUAUUGGAAGUUUCUUUGAAGAUGUGAUUGAUAAUUAAGAGCGUAUGGCCUAUUAAAUAUCUGGGAUUCUAAUAGAUUCUUUAGUCUUUUAACGGUUAAGGUUUCUAUCGGACCUCCGGAAGUAAACUGGUGAUAAUGCGGCUUUAACGUGGGCUGGAUGCUAGACACUAUACUUCGAUAUCCAUUUAAAAGUCGCUUUCACGGACAGGCGACACUCUACGCACGACACCUAUAAGGCCCCGUACGAACAUGGCCAAAUAAACUGCCAACAUUGCUGGCCCAGCGAUGCUGGCGCCGUUUGCAUGACACUACAUUGGGAGAUGUUGUGGACAGCUCGCCAACAUCUUGUAUUGUGGCCAGCCCAAUAAGCUGUGCUACUGGUUGAUGUUUGCGCUGUUUUCAUAGGGCUUUAAAUUUCUGAUGCGGAUGUAACUUGUCCGGUAUCACGUGAAAAGCAGUCGUGUACUUCGAAAAAUGUCGGCUUCUACAGUCAGAUUUAAAUUUUUAGUAUGGAUUUGUGCUAAAUCAGACAUCAGACAUUUUUUUUUUGUGAUAGCGUGAGUCAAAUCAUACGCAGUCCUAAUACCUCCUACCUCCCUGCUUGAGUCAAGCAAACCCUUCUCCUCUUUACUCACUUGUAAAUAACUUAUAUUCAAAAUAAAUAUUUCAUCCACC